UAAUUGGGUUGGAUCUCAAUCGCAGACGCCCGUCUCCAACGCCGAUGGAGUCCUUCCUCCUGCAAAUUUCUCCUCUCUUUCACCCCUACCUUGUCCUACGUUGGGAUCGAACGAACUGAUGGUUCUAGGGUUCUAGGUUUACUCUCUCGACUACUUUCAGUCCAUCCAAACAUUCCCAUUUAACCGACUGAGAUUUUGAGUUUUUACUUUGUUUCAUGACCCAAGUCAAACGUAGAGCUCCUGAAUUCUAAGAAAACUUAUCUGGGUAUCGCAAUUAAGAUGAAAAAAUGACUUCUUUUCAUCCUGAAUAUAUUCCUCUUUCUUUCUCACCUUCCAAACGGCAUAAUAAAACCUUGAAUUCUCAGAAACACUCAACUAUUGUGGGCGUCUCUGAAUUUGAGAAUUGAGUUGCGAACGUUGUUGUUCUCCCUCAUUCUUUGGCUGAAUUUUUCUCUAUUGUCGUUCAUCCGAAAUCCAUAUGUUCUUUUGGAUUGGUGUCUCCACAAGUGUCUUGAAUGCCUCAAUCUCUCACAUACUUCUCGUGCGUGCCAUGAUUGAGUCCUGACAAAGCUUUAACUUAUAUGCUUGAACUUGCUUCGAGAAAAUUUUCUCCUAUCCUUUCACUUUCUCAUCAUCCAAACACAAAGAUUAAGGUUUGGAGGAUUCUUUAUGGGUGUCUCAUUUAAGGUCUCGAAAACUGGCACCAGGUUCCGUCCUAAGCCUUGUCUUCAAUCUGAAACUGUAAUCGAUGAUGGAUUGGAUUCAAAGGAGAGCUCGCGAAUUGGCUUGAAAGAUGAAUCCUCCAACAAAAAGCUUGAGGUUGACAUAGCUAAUGGACGUGAGGAUGUUCCUGGGGUCUCUGUCGCAUCGCUGGCCACCAAAGGAUGUAGCAUACCUGCAGGGCAUGAGGUUUCUUUUACGUUGAACCUCUACUCGGAUGGAUACUCAAUUGGAAAGUUCUCAGAGAAUGAAGUUCAACAUCUGGCUGCGCUGCAUGAUGCUCCAAAGCUGUUGCAUCCAUAUGAUAGGACAUCUGAAACCCUGUUCUCUGCAAUCGAGUCGGGCCGAUUGCCUGGAGAUAUUCUGGAUGAUAUGUCUUGCAGGUAUAUUGAUGGGAGCCUUGUUUGUGAGGUACGAGAUUACCGAAAAUGUGCAUUGGAAGAUGGGUCAAUUGUUCCUUCUACUGAUUAUCCACCAGUGGUGCAUAAAGUGUGUCUAAAAAUGUCACUGGAGAAUGUAGUGAAGGAUAUCCCGCUGAUCUCAGAGAAUUCUUGGACUUACGGUGAUCUGAUGGAAGUAGAAUCCCGAAUUUUAAAGGCAUUGCAACCGCAGCUUUGUCUAGAUCCUACUCCCAAAUUGGAUAGGAUCUGUAGCAAGUCAGUUGCCUCAGAGCUGAAUUUGGAUAUGUGCAGUCUGAGGAGAAAACGACUGAGGCAGAUUCCUGGAGGAACAUCUGGUAAUACAAUGCAGGUGAAGAAAGCUUGCAUGGAUCCGGUGCCAGAAAGCUCUAGGUUGGGAGAAUCAAGCAUGAUUUCAGGCAAUAUGAUGCCACAGAAUAUCCGUGAGAACUUGACCGCUCAAAAUAUUGGUCCAAAUAAUAUGUCAGCCUUAAGACACAAAAAUUUUGCUUCAGAUGCUUCUGUGGCAGCGCUGCCUUUGGUAUCGCAAUCAAGGUAUCACAUUGGGGCAGGGACACCAAGAAGUAUGCAAGAUCAUGGGCCUGUUAUUAGUUCAUCGGGAGCUUCCCCUUCAGCUCAGGACACUGUGAUUGCAUAUGGAGACAAUGCUCACUCUAAUGCUUCACUUCUUGGGAAGAGGGAGAAUCAAGAUGGGCAGCUGUCAGCAUUAUCCAAUUUUCAGAAGAGAGCAAGGCUUACACAGAUGUGUGUUGAUGGAUUUCAACAGCAUCAGAUUGGGGCACAUAUAGACAGCUUCAAUGUAGCUGAUUCGAACCGGAAGAAUUCAUUGUUACAGCAGCAAGCAAUGGCAAGGGGAAACCAAUAUACAAAUGCAGGCAUUCAAAAGUAUAACCAGCAGGCACUUGAAGGGAUUCUGAACCAGGAGACUGAGCCAGCACCAUUCACUGCAGGACAGCAGGGCUUAAGAUAUGGUGCCAAGGAGGAGCAGUUUGAGAUAGAAAAAUUGGAUGGGCAGGUUCAGACAAGCCAUCUGGAUCUGCAACAGCCAAGGGUUCAGCAACGAUUGCCUCAGCAUCCAUUAAUGAGAUCUGGCCUCUCACAGGCGUCCUGGAAUAAUCUUCCUCAGCAUAUUGAGAAAGAUCCUAGGAAAGAGGAUCACUUUCAGAAAAGGAAGUCAGCACAGAGUCCCAGGUUAUCUGCCAGUGCUUUGGCCCAAUCUUCCUUAUCUUCCAAAUCAGGGGAACUUUCUAGUGGUUCAGUAGGGCCUCACUUUGGACCGGCUACAACUAGUACGGCACUUGGAGCAUCACAUAAAGAGAAAGCUACAGUGAAUUCAGUUCCUACAGUUGGUGGUACCCCGUCUUUGACUUCAAGUGCUAAUGAUUCCAUGCAAAGGCAAACAGCACCUCUCGUUGUUGCAAAACGACGGUCAAAUUCCCUUCCUAAGACUCAGGCAAUGAGUAGAGGUGGUUCUCCUGCAAGCGUUAGUAAUAUAAGUGUCCCGUUAAAUGCAAAUAGUCCUUCUGUUGGAACCCCACCUUUGGCAGAUCAAUCAAUGCUUGAAAGGUUCUCGAAGAUUGAAAUGGUGACCAUGAGGCAUCAACUCAACUCCAAAAAGAUUAAAGUUGAUGACAACUCCAUCAAAAAACCCAAAAUAUUUUCAUCUCAACAUCUAUCAAGUUGUCUUUCCAAUUCACCCAAUAAUGAGGACUUCAAAGAUGACGUCAAUGUUUUAUCAAACUCACUUGUCGGUGGCAGCACCAAUAUCUGCAAGAUGAGAAUCAUAAGUUUUAUCCAGGGGGACCGUGUAGUCCAAGGGAACGUUGUUUCUUAUGUUCCUAGAGUACAAGCUAGAAUGUUUAUGUCAGAGAAGCCUAAUGAUGGUACCGUGGGAAUGUAUUAUGGAGACAUGGAUAGUGGUGAUAUUCUGAUUGUAGAUGAUGAUCAUCUACAGGCAUUGCCCAGUACUCACUAUGCGGAUUUGCUUGCAACACAGUUUUGUUCAUUGAUGAUACGUGAAGGAUAUCUUGUCGAAGAUCAACUCAAACCAAGACCACCUCGAAUAAAUCCUGCUUCAAGUAGUCAACAAAAUGUUUCUGUGAUGCCUCCUAAUAGUUCAGCAGUGCAGACGCAGCAGUAUACGGAAGCAGUUGCAGGUCUGCCAAUGAAUGAAGCUGCAAAGCCAACUAACAGUGCUAACUCAUCUUUAACUUCAUCCCACAAUCUUGUAGCAAACACAAGAAUGCUGCCUCCUGGACCUCGGGCCUUACAGAUGUCACAAGGACUAUUAUCUGGCGUUUCCAUACCCACAAGGCCACAACAGCUUGAAACGCAACCAUCACUUCAGCUACAGCCUCAACAGCAACAGCAGCAAAAUCAAGAGUCUUUGAUUCAACAGCAUUCACAGUUCCAGAGAUCACAAAUGAUGCUUCCAUCAAAUCCUCUCUCACAGUUGAAUGGAAUUGGGCAGAAUUCGAACUUGCAGUUGGGUAAUCACAUGGUCAACAAGUCAACUGCUCUCCAACUUCACCUGUUACAGCAAUCACAACAACAACAGCAAUCACAACAACAGCAACAACUGCCAAAUCUGAUGCAGAGGAAAAUGGUGGGACUUGGAGGGCCUGUAGGUAUGGGGAGUAUGGCGAACAACAUGGUUGGGCUAGCAGGCCUUGGGAAUACCAUGGGCAUGGGAGGUGCUAGAGGAGUAGGAGGAACGGGAAUCUCCACCCCAAUGGCAUCUAUUUCUGGUAUGACUAAUGUGGGUCAGAAUCCAUCGAGUUUGAACCAGGCUUCAAAUAUUGGCACCACCACUAUAAGUCAGCAACUUAGAUCUAGUCAACUGCAAGCGGCACAAGCUGCUAUCUUUUCAAGAUUAAAGAUGCAGAACCGAGCUAGUAUGUUGGGAGGUCCCCAAGUGGGUAUGGGCAGCCUGUCAGGGGCCAGACAGUUACACCCAGGCUCUACUGGUCUUUCGAUGCUAGGCCACCCUAUGAACAGGCCUGGUAUGAAUCCUAUGCAAAGGGCAGUCCUGGGGCCAAUGGGUCCCCCAAAGUUGAUGGCUGGGAUGAAUCUGUACAUGAACCAACAGCAGCAGCAGCAUCCACUGCAUCAACAGCAACAGCAGCAACACCUGCAGCAGCAAGAAACAACCUCACCACUACAGGCUGUUGUUUCUCCAUCACAUGUAAGCUCACCGUCGACCUUGGGAAUGACGCAACUGAAUCAGCAACCGCUGCAGCACGCUAGCCCACAGCAAAUGAGCCAGCGAACCCCGAUGAGCCCACAACAGAUGAGCUCAGGGGCUGUUCAUGCCAUUAGUGCUGGUAAUCCAGAGGCUUGCCCUGCCAGCCCACAAUUGAGCUCUCAAACCCUCGGCUCAGUAGGAAGUAUGACAAAUUCUCCUAUGGAGCUGCAAGGUGCAAACAAAAGCAACUCCGCUGGUAAUGCAUAGCUCAUCGGUUUGCUUGUUCGACCAAGUAAUCAGCUGCUACAUUCCAAAAAUAUGGUAUCUUUUUCUUCAGUGUUCCUGCCAAAGGGCGCAGAAGUGUACAUUGUCUUGAUAGAAUUGGUUAAAGUUCUUUUUUCCCCAAUAAUGUAUCAAUAACGGGGAUGGCAUUUCUGAGAUGCAAGUGGUUAUUAAGUCCAA